AUGAAGGGAAACAGUAGUCUUAGACCAAACACUGAAGAUGACAGAAUAAGAAGGGGCAUAGAGGAUAUUAGAGCAGAUUCUUUUGUAGUUUCUGAGCACUGUAAAGCUCUUGCAAAUUUUAAUGUCAUCUUGCACUGGAUUGCUGUAGUUGGUGUAGGUGGAACAUUAUGUAUCCCCUCAGCUCUAUACUUAUUACUUGAAGAUCAUGCAUUUGGUUUCCCUCAAGGAGAUCUCAGCGUCAUCUUUAAUAGGCCAUCGAAAUCAUUAGUUCCUCGCGUAUCAGUUGAGAAUGCUGCUGAGGUAGUGAAACCUAAAGGAAGGGCAGGCUCAAGGAAGGCUCCUGCUAAAAAGCAAGAAAAACCCUCUCUAGUUUUGGAAGGCAUUAAUGAUGAUGAUGAAAUAGAAUCACUGAAGGAUCGACUUGAUGCAUAUAGACUUGAUUCUUCGCUUGAUCCAUCAGUUGGUAAUUUAGCCUUCAACAAAAUGGCUGUAAUGAAAUUUCAAAUGCUUUCUAGGAAUGAAACAUCUGAAUUUGGGAACUCAGACAUUAUUUUAGACACAGAAACUGAUGAGCUACAAGUAAAAGCUAGGAGAGGUGCUGCUCAGAAGAGGCCUCCAGCAACUGCUUCAGUGAUUUCUGAUAGCAAGGAUGGUGAUGACUUUGACGUCGAAGUGAAAGCUGUCUCAGAAACAAAAAAGAAGGGAGGAAGAAAAGCUGUUGCUGCUGCAAAUGAUAAGGUAGCCAAACCAUCUGCAACAACAAAGAGGGGAGGGCCAGCCAGCAAGCAGUCCUAUGGAUUGCGCCAGAAGCUUCUAACUAAAAUCCUGGAGCUCGUUGAAGGAGUAGGAAUAUCGCGAGAAAAAAAGAGGAAAAUCAGGGCAUCUCCAUUCAACAAGAAGAGUGGUUCUGUGUUGGGCAGAAUUGCCAAGGAAGAUGAUGCUGGAAGCGAAACAAUGUCAGCUUCUACAUCUGAAAGCACUCUUUGGCUUUUGACUUAUUUAAUUCUGGUUAGUGAGUCAUCUAGAUUACGUACAUCCUUAAAAAAGGAGAAUGUUCCUGUUAAGAAGCUUGUUGUCAAUCAAAUUCUCCCUCCAUUUGCCACUGACUGCAAGUUUUGUGCAAUGAAAAGGAAGUAUUCUUCUAAACCAACAUGGGAUCUAUAUAUUGCACAAUGGUAUCCAGUCUCUGCUUCUAAUGUUCAUUGGAAGUUUGACAGCCUAAAGCAAAUAGCUGGAAUUGCUUCAUACUUUCAACAGGUCUUAUCGUGA